CGAUAGUUCACUUCCUGGUCUGGAUUUCUGAUGAAUUUACUAAAAACAUAAAGGAACGCGUAUGUUAUAACUCAGAAAGAAAGCAAAGAAAAAAAUCAAAAAUACCAAGCCAUGCAGGCAGGUUAUUCCCGAGAUGUAUUUUCCUCAGGAUUUGAUACUAAGUUCCUUUGUAACUACUGUGGUAAUAUACUAAGGGACCCAGUACAAAGUUACUGUGGACAUAGAUUUUGCAGAGCAUGUAUACAAGGUCUUGUAAGUUCUGGAGAUCAAAGAGUCCAAUGUCUUCAGUGUUUAACAGAAGGAAAUGCUGAUGAAGAAUACAGUUUCAUCAACCAAGAUCAGAUAUUUCCAGACAUGGCUGUUAAGAGAGAAAUGUCUAGUAUUGAAUCUAAGUGUGUUAAUCCUGGUUGUAACUGGAAGGGAAAUUUCAAACAAUAUGAGGCACAUUUUAAAGAAUGCAAGUACCAAGCCAGUCCAUGCACCCAGUGUGGGAAUCUGAUUACUGCAUCCAAGUUAAAUGACCACAUGAAAAAUGAUUGUCCGAUGAGACGAGUUAAAUGUAAACAUUGUAAUGCCGAGGUUGUUCAACAAGAUUUAGAUACAACACACCAGAAUGAGUGCCCUAAGUAUCCUCUGAAGUGUGACUCAUGUGGAAAAAAGAAAAUAACAAGAGAAAAGAUGCAACAACACAUUGAUAAAGAGUGUGCCAACCAAAAAAUACAAUGUCCAGUACCUAAUUGUGAAAAGCAUAUAACAAAGGUUGAUAGAAAUAAAUUUGUAAACCAUGUGGAACAAAAGGCAGGGUUACAUAUUGUUCAUAAUUUGGAACAAGUUACUGCUAUAGGUGAAAAAGUUGCACAGAUUGUGGCUCACCUUGAAAAUACACAGUCAGCAAAUAAUGCAAGUGUAAUAACAGAGCUGAGAAGCAAAGUUCAAGAACAGGAACAAGCUAUUAGAACGAUUAUGACGACAGGAGGAGGUGGUGGAGGAACAGGAUCAGGAUCAGUUGCCGGAGGAGCCGAUGUAGGAAACAUGAUGCAAAAGUUUCAGGCAUUAGAAAUCAAGACUGGUACAUAUGAAGGAAUUGUAACAACACUGCAUAGGGAAAUAGAGAGAUGUAUCACAGCUAUUGAAAAUAUGGAAAGACAGCGACAACAAGAGAGAGAACAAGUCAAUAAUGAUGCAGAAAAAAUAAAACAGCUUGAGGCAAAGUUACACAUGAAAGAAGUUAUCAUAGCAGAACAUGCACUGAAAAUAUCUAACCUUGAAACAACAGUUUAUGAUGGAAACUUAAUGUGGAGGAUACCUGAGUGGACAAAGAAGCGCAGGGAAGCAGUUAGUGGGCAAUGUACCAGUAUCUAUUCAACUGCAUUCUAUACAUCUAGGUCAGGUUACAAGAUGUGUGUCAGGCUGUAUCCAAAUGGUGAUGGGAUGGGCAAAGGAACGCAUGUAUCCAUCUUCUUUGUCAUAAUGAGGGGGAAUUAUGAUGCUUUAUUAGGAUGGCCUUUCGGUCAUAGGGUCAUCUUCAGAAUGAUUGACCAAGGACAAAAUGGCAAUCACCUGAUUGAUUCCUUUAGACCAGACCCAUCAAGUACGUCUUUUAAAAGACCAACCUCUGAAAUGAACAUUGCUAGUGGUUGUCCAUUAUUUAUGCCAUUAUCGAAACUGGAUGAUCCGAGUGUUUCUUAUGUUAAAGAUGAUGUAAUGUAUGUCAAUGUUUGCUUAGACAUUUCUGAAGGUAGGAGAAACCCAGCUCUUGAUCCUGGAACAGGACCUGAUCGUAGUUUGAAGAGCAAAUAAAUUCAUAAAGAAAACACUGCUCUUUGAAUUAUGUAGAAAAGCUUAUAAAUGUUUAUCUUGUUUAUUGUAAAUAUUUAUUUUAAUCAUUUACCAAAUACAAUGACUAAUAUAUAAUUUUAUAUUUGACCCAGUUUUACUACUAAUGGAUAUAAAAAUCAUUCAAAUACAUGUACAGGUAAAACAACUUUUUUUUUUUAAUCUAUAUCAAAUCAGACAUAGACAAAUUUUCAUUACAGCAUAAGCAUAUUAUUAGUUACAUAGUGUGCUAGUGACCUAAUACAGUAUAUAUGUGGUCAGUAAAUUCCAUAUGGGGUGAGAGUGAAGCUUGAAUCCCCAUAUAGAAUUUACUGACCCUUUAU